CUUAAAUAUGAGAAAGAUUGUGUUGCGUUAAGCAAAGUUGCACAAAACAAAGUAAAAUAAAUUUUAAUCAUGGGUUGCAAUAUCGAGGGGAUUGUUGGAUUGUUCUUGCUUUUAGGGCAAAUGCAGCUUACUGGUUCAGAAAAAGUGUAUUCAUACCCGUGCGGCAAUAUUAAGAUUGAAAAUCCAGACCAGCUGUUCUAUGGCCGGAAUGUUACCAUACACUUCCUACCGAACCAAACCUUCACCCAGUUUAAUGCAACACCUACAAUUUGGAAUAUUAACGCGAUUUUUAUGGACCACCUGCAUACUUCUGAUAAUGAAACGAAUGUUCACAAAUUUGUACUGAUAAAUUAUCCGAAUAGUUUACUGCAUAAUGAUUUCUUUAUUAAGUAUGGUAGUUGUAAUACGCAAACAUUCCGAUUACACUUAAAAGGUUCAGAAAAAGUGUAUUCAUACCCGUGCGGCAAUAUUAAGAUUGAAAAUCCAGACCAGCUGUUCUAUGGCCGGAAUGUUACCAUACACUUCCUACCGAACCAAACCUUCACCCAGUUUAAUGCAACACCUACAAUUUGGAAUAUUAACGCGAUUUUUAUGGACCACCUGCAUACUUCUGAUAAUGAAACGAAUGUUCACAAAUUUGUACUGAUAAAUUAUCCGAAUAGUUUACUGCAUAAUGAUUUCUUUAUUAAGUAUGGUAGUUGUAAUACGCAAACAUUCCGAUUACACUUAAAAGAGCUGACAGAUUGCGGACACUUGUACAUGCGCACACCCUGUGUCUUGGUAGGAAGUCAUGCAGAACUCGUGUUCAUCCCCGCACCAGCGUUAGUAGGCUUUAAUAGUAAUUACGUUCUGUACUGGUUGGAAACAAGCUCUGCAUCGAACGAAAGACGUAUUUAUCCUGGUACAGAAAAGUUGUAUAAGCAACGAAAUGAAAGUGACUCGACAUAUGUGUUAAUGAUCAGCAACAUCGCAAAGGCCAUGGAUGGAAAUACGUACAGAGUUCAGUGUACUGAUAAACUACACCAGUUUGUAUUCGGCAACAAAUACACAGAUCCAAUAACCAUAAAUGUUUUUCAAACACCUGAUGCACCUGUCCUAGGUCCGCUACAUGAUCUAGAUGACUGCAAAGGAUGUCUCCUUCUACACUCUAACAAUACAUCGAGAAAGAUUUAUUGUAAAACAUUAGAGACAAACCGCACAAAUGUUUCCAUGAAAAUUAACGGUCGAGUGUGCACGAAUAUCGAGCGCACUGGUGAGAUGUACAUCCCGAUUGUUGACAUGGUAACGGACAAAGAUCAUUUGACAAACGUCUCCUGUUCAGUCAUUAACUGCGCAAUGAAGGAACCUCUGGUCGUUUCUGCUCAGCUAUAUGUUGCGAACGAUACGACUACCGAGAUUCAACACGUCAACGUAACGAACGUGAAGGAUCAGACUCAAUCAUCCAAAACGGUUACUGAAAAGAGCAACUUAUUGACAACAACGAAAAGCGCUUACGAUAGACACUCCGGUUCAACUACCAAAGAGCUCCUUUCAACGACACAACGCAUUAUUCAAACUUCGUCACCAUCUGAAGCUUUAAAAACAACUGACACAAGUGUCUUGACUCCAAGUGCUUCGAACGGCGGAUUUCAAAACGUGAUUAUUCCUGUUGCGUGCGCAUUGUCUGCGGUGAUCAUUGUCAUAGCAAUCGUCCUUGCUGUGGUAUGUGUAAAGCUUAAACGCCGAUCCGUUGCAAACGCUCCACUUCAAGAUAUGCCUCGCGUAGAACAAGUGUCUCAAAAGGAAGAAGGGCAUGACGUCAUAAGUGUUCAUUAUGAAUUCGUCCCUGAAGACAAUACAGAGCGCGGAGCAUCAACAAUGUACACAUCUCUCCAGACCAAUCAACAGGUGGCGGAAAUUCAUCUGUACACUGGCUUGCGGGAAUCAAGUCUCUUGUCCAAAGAAACGUCUACUUAUUAUUCAGUGGCCGAGCAGGGGAAUGACGUUCCAGGGGAGACUAACACCCAUUCAAAUGACAAAACUUAUUAUAAUGUAGCCGCAAACACGAUACAUAUAUAAACCUUUAGCAUUUCAAAGCGGCCUACACACGUUUUGGGUUUAGCUUGAACUAUGUGGGAGUGAGUUUUACAAUUAUUUUACUGUGUAUGUCACAGACAACUUACCAGCUAUGAUUUUUGCUAAUUAAACACAUUUAUCUACGAUUUUUUCGAAUGUUUAUAUUAAUCUAAAUUUAUUAGCCGUACUCACUAUUGAAAAUUGACAUUUUGACUGUUGUAUUAUAUAUAAUAAAGGCUUAAGCUACAUUAUUUUACCAUAUUCUCUUCUAAUGUAAAACAGAAACGUUUUAUUGUUAUGUUGUAUAACAUACCCGUUAAAAGCUAAACUAUAUUGCCAUGAUCACGUUUGAGAUAAAAAUGGAUCUUUUGAUUGUUUUGUUAUUUAAUAUUAUUCAUGAACCUAAUGCUAUAUUAUUUUACCAUUAUACCUAUGACAUGAAGUGGAAGGGAUUGUUCACUGUUACAUUAUACAGUAAUAUACGUUAAGCUUAGUUAUUGUAAAAUGUUCACUUCUGAUGUGAACAUGUAAUUAUUUGCUGCUGUUUGAUGUCAUUUAAAAUUUUAAGCCUAAGUAUUUUAACAUGUUUACAUCUGGUGUGAACAUGGAAUUGUUAAUUAUUGAAAAUGGAAUUCUGGACUGUUAUCUUAUAUAAAAUAACACUUAAAGCUUAAUUCUUUAACCAUGUUACUUUUUGAUGGGUAUAUGGAAUUAUUGACUGUUAAAAUGGAACUGCUGACUGAUAUUUUAUUCUAUUUCUAUUGUUAGGCUCGUUUAUUUAACUUGUUCAUAUUCGAGGUAAAAAUAGCAUGGUUGGCUAUUGUAUUAUUUUAUAUAAAACUUGAACCGUAAUAAUGUACCAAGUUCUUUUCGUAUGUAAAAGUGGAUUUGUUAAAUGUUAUUGUAUAUAAUACAUUACUUUAGAUACUGUAGUUUAUUUAUAUUCUAUAACUGUUUCUAUUAAAAGGAGCAACAGUACAGUAAAUUUUUCUUUUACGUGAUUAGUUCAGGGCUAAGUGUGAAGUUCGGAGCUCCAUAAAUGUGCUUAAACCUCUAGUAUUCUGUCAAAAGACCUACAAAGGCGGUGAUCCCUAUUUUGUAUAUAUUUGCGUGUUGCUAUGUACAUAUGUGUCUUGUCUAGUGAAUCUAUUUUGUGUCUCAUUGUAAAUAAAGAGUUAUAUGUUUUCAACGUUCUAAAUACUAUUUAUUUUAAAGCUAUUUUUAGAUAUUCUUGUAACGAAGAAUUCAUUAGAAUUCAUUUAAAAUUGUUAUUAUGUUUUGAUUCAUUUUUACUUUCAAUGCGGAGCUCCAUAAAUCUGCUUAAACCUCCAGUAUUCUGUCAAAAGACCUACAAAGGCGGUGAUCCCUAUUUUGUAUAUAUUUGCGUGUUGUUAUGUACAUAUGUGUCUUGUCUAGUGAAUCUAUUUUGUGUCUCAUUGUAAAUAAAGAGUUAUAUGUUUUCAACGUUCUAAAUACUAUUUAUUUUAAAGCUAUUUUUAGAUAUUCUCGAAUCGAAGAAUUCUUUAGAAUUCAUUUAAAAUUGUUAUUAUGUUUUGAUUUAUUUUUACUUUCAAUGCAUUAAAGUUAUACAUGCUUAUUGCAAAUAUUUUCUAAAACAAAUAAUGUUCCCUCUUGCGAUUGCGAAAAUAGAUUUUAUAUUAAUUUUAAUUUUUGACUACAAAUAAAAGA